GUUUUAUAGUUUCUUUCACAGGCGACAUAAACCAAGCAAGCUUUAUUAAAUAUAACAAUGUUAUUCUGUAUCUAACAUUACUGCUCGUUAUUUACUUUGUGAAGCGCAUGCAUUCACGAGUAACAGAAAAGAUGCGUCUCAUUUUGUGAAUCAGUUUAAAGUAAACACGAAUUCAGCGCUAGGACAUGGGUUUGUCGAGAAUUCGAGUCAUUUGAACCAAAUGCUUCGCGAAAUGAUUCAGUUUUGCGCUCGAGUCCCUGCACGCGAGGACACCUGGUCGAGAGAGUGACAUGCUUUCACAAACAAAUGGAAAUCGUUUUAAUAACAAUGCAGUCUGUCUCUUAAAGUAGAAGCGAAUGAGAUCCAUGUGACACACUGUUGUAAAGAUGGCGGUUUUUAAAGUGGAGAGUGAAGACAUGAGGAUUGAGGAAUCGUUCAGAGUCAAACACGAGGAGGCCGAGGAACAAACAGUAGAACACAAACUAAGUCACCUACAUCCUGGAUGCCCUGGGGAAGCUCCAAAGUCUUGUCCAGCCAAACUUCGUAUCAUUCUUCAAGACCAUGACAUUCGCAAACUGGACUUGCCUCAGGGAAUCCCUGAGACUGUGAGUGAACUCGAGUCUAUUGUGAGGAAGACAUUUGUCCUCAAUGGGAACUUUACUUUGCAUUAUAAGGAUGCUGAUUUCGGGGAGGAAUAUUUCUCUCUUACCUCAACAAGUGACAUUAAAGACAAGGACACAAUUAAGGUGAUUCACAUUGUUGAACCUCCCACACUUACUUUGACUUUUACUGAUGUGGAGAAUUCCUUUAAAAGUGCAUCAAAGACCUGCAUCCAAACCUCUGUCCACACCUCAGUGACCGACAUCUAUCCUUCUAUCAGCAGUUCCUUUUCUGAAUCGCAGGAUACACUGAUACUUCCAUCACCUGAACACAAGACUCAGCGUUCACAACGUUGGCCUACUGAAUUCUCAGUACCUCGCUUUGCCUAUGAUACAGAACUUGUGCUUGCCGCAGGAAGUGAGGCUUUCAGGAAGGAUGGAACCCAACUCAACUUUACACCAAUCCUUCCAGACAUCCUAGAGAAAUUAGCUGAAAACAUCUUUCAGUAUGUGGCCUACCCAACAAGCGCGCAGUUAUCUGAUGUUGCUGAGGCUCUGGUUCAGAAAUAUCCCUGCCUUAAAGAACCGGGCUCAUAUAAUGGAUGCUAUGGAUGGCGACAGAGACUAAAAUAUAAAAUGGGCAACUAUAGAGCAAAACUGAGAGGCCUUGGAUGCCCCGAGCUCGAUGUUAACUCUCUCAAAAAGAAGCGAGCACAUGAAAGAGCACCUGCAAAAAAUAUUAAAAAGCCAAGAAAGGCAGAGGUGAACUUUUUACCCCCUCACCCACAUGGAGAAACUGAAGAAAGCUUGGAAAAUGAAAGGGUCGAGCUCCUUAAUGAAAUUAUUAGGGGUGUGGACCAUCAAAUAAUCAGUGAAAAAAUGGCAAAGACAUUCUCUAUUCGCAGGCAGGAAAUUGUCAGUCAAGCAAGACCAUUAAAUGACUUGAAAUACAGAUGGCCUGCACUUUUUGAUCCAGCACAGAUAAACGAAGAAUUCAGAAGGAUCACCACUGUUGACCUGGAGGCAACGUUCAUGGCAAAACUGGACCAGUACUCUCCUAAAUUAAUGUCCUUGGUGUUCUCAAGGGGACGGUCUUCAAAAAUCAGUAUUCAGCAUAUUAAGAACAUGCUACUAGAGGAUUAUUCUUUGGAAAGAAGGAGAGAGGCUGCUAUCCGUUCCUUAGUGGUGUAUUUCAGAGAAAACGAGGAAGAGCUGUUUAAAGAACAUUCGGAUUACGGGGAUAUUUCCAAUGAAGUGAUGAAGAUUAUUAUAACUAGAGGUUCCACGAUAUCAGAACCAGCCACUGCAAGAAUUGUGAUUGAGGGAACAGUAGUCCAGCAAGACCUGGACGUACCCAGGGCCUGUGCAUUGCUAAUGGGACUAAUAUAUGCACUCAACCUCAGCUACCCAAAAGAACUGAAAAACACCUUUGAGGCAUUUCAAAAGAUCUUUCUCGAGCUGGAUGAUAUGAAAUCUUGCCCAAAGGGCCAUUUUCCUGGUUGCAUUCGGACCACCAACAGGAACACUGAAGUAACUUCAGCCGGCGACUGCAGUCAAUUUAGCACAGAGGAAUGGAGGAUGCCAUGAUUGGAGCUGUGUUUGUGAUAUGUAAGUUCGGGAAUGAGUUCAGCUUCCUGACAGCCUGGUGGAUGAAGCUGUCCUUCAGUCUGCUGGUCCUGGCCUGGAGCCUCCGCAGUCUCCUCCCUGAUAACUGCUGGCUGAAGAAGCUGUGUGAUGGGUGGGUGGGAUCACCUGCGAUGCAGAGGGGUUUACAGGUGAGACGGGUUCCGUAAAUGUCCUGGAGGGAGGGGAGAGAGACACCAAUGAUCUUCAAAGUGAUCAGUGCAUCAAGACCACUCAUACACGAAUUCAUAUUAAUCCCCUAUGUUACGCCUGCCUGUUUGCCCCCUGCUGGCUCUGCUACACAGUGCACAUGUUAAUUGGGCAACAGGUGUAUUCAAUCAUUGAGUAACUCACCAGAGUAUAAGGCCGGUGACUUGGAGUGAGAGGUGGUUUGCUUCGCCCUCACUUCUCCCAACUUUGUCAUUUGUACAUUUUUAUUUUCUUAUUAAUCAUCCCUUUGCUAUAUUUGUUUAUUUAAUAACCA